AUGCCUGGCCCUUGGUUGCUGCUCGCCCUGGCCUUGACCUUGACCCUGACAGGUGUUCCUAGCGGUGGGGCUCAACCAGAAUCAGUCCAGCAAGAGGCUGCAGAGGGCCCUGAGCAUCCAGGCCUGGACGAACUCCUACACCAGGCAGAGCGACUCCUCCUCCUCCGGGAAGACCUCCAGAGGCUGCGAGGAGACCAGGGGGAAUUCUCAGAGUCCCAGGUCCCUCAGCUCGACUGGCUUUCCAAGCGUCAGCAUCCAGGCAGAAGGGAGGAGGAGGCAGAAGAAAGUGUUGAGGAAGAGGAGGAGGAGGAGGAGGCUACAGGGCUCCACAGAAGGCAGCAUCCUGGCCGGCGAGAGGAUGAGGCCUCCGGGACCCAGCACAAGAGGCAGCACCCUGGCCGGCGCUCCCCCUGGCUCAAGGAUGCUGUAUUCAAGAGGCAGCACCCAGGCAGGAGGAUGGUGGAUCCCCAGGUCCACAGAGCCUGGGAGGAAGAGGAAGCGAAGGAGGAAGGAGCGCUGAUGCCUGAGACACGCCAGCAUCCGGGCAGGAGGGCCCUUGGAGGUCCCUGUGGUCCCCAGGGAGGCUGCGUUCAGGCAGGCCUUCUGCUGGGGCUCCUGGAGGACCUGAGCCAGGGCCCAGGUACGGAGGUGAAGCGGCAGCACCCUGGACGGCGGGCGGCCUGGGCCCGGCAGCCCCUGCAGGGGUGA